AGCAACGAUACAGCCGGAAGAGCUUCGGUGCUUUCGGUCGCUGCUUAUCGUUUGUUGCUAUGGCAGCGGAUAUGGCACCGCUUCGGCUUCAGUCGUCACGCCAGCUAUAGCCGCUUCGAAGCGUCGCUCCGUCAGGGCAAGCGUCAUGUCGGAAGUCGUGUUACUCCGAGACUUUGAGGACGAUGUUCCCAAGGACUUAAGGAUCAGCUUCUGCGAGAGCUUGCCGCGGGAGGCGCUGUGCAUACUGUGUGAAAACGUGUCCGCCCGUCUGUACAAAGAUCGAAAGGGACACGGUUACUGCAGAUCCUGUCGUGAAAUGUGCAAGCGUGAAGAUAUGUUCCACUGCGCUACUUGCAAAGACGACUUUUAUGUUUGUGAGCUGGAGCAAGAGCCAUCCAUACACGAUGCGAUAAGGAAAGCUCGAGUUAUCUGUCCGAGGAGCAAUCCAGAUGAACCUGUGGAGAUCCCCUUUAAAGCCCUAACCGCUCACCUCAAGAACUGCCCUUGCAACGUUGUCGCAGCUCCUCUAAAUCGAUCCUCUGACUCGCGUUCAUCAGGAGAACAACAAUGCCCCAUUGACCGCACUGAUCCUCAAGGAGAAAGCAAGGGCUCCAAGAUGGCCCAAUGCAGUUACUGCAAAAAGGCGAUCCCUAAAAAAUCAGUGCAUCAGCACAUGGAAGACUGUCGUGAAAACCUGCAAAUGAGAUUGCAGCACGAUGAGACAAACUUCGAGCCUAAACAAGGAAAGAGUUGUAAGACCAAUGCACGACGUGACAGUUUGGGGGAUAUGUCAGAAGAUUUUUCAGAUGACCGAGACAUGCCUUCAUUUGAGGGUACCAAGGAAAAAACCGAGAAAUCAGCCUUCCCUACAGACUCCAUUGAGCUUUCUCAUCAGCUGGCUGAUGCCCUCGAUCAAAUACGCGACUUGAAGGAAGAAAUAUCAGAGCUUAGACAGGCAGCUGCUAAAACAAAGGAAGACGUUGAUUUUCUCAAUGUUGCAGUCCCGACAAUGCAAGAUGACAUGAGAAACGUUCAAAUCCAGUGUGAACAGCGCAUCUCGAAAUCAGAAAAGGCUGUCUCCAGUCUCGAGGAAUCACGCAAAUUCCUCCUGGAAACUGUGUCCCUUCUUCAAGAGGACACGAGGAAACAUCUGCAAGCAGUUCAGGAGAUGGUGCAGAACAUGACAGAAAAGCUUUCUCUCCCUGUGCAUGAUUUACAGCAAAAAUGCAACUGGCUGCAUGGUGCUGUCCAAGAGCUUAAGAGGAAAACGGAAAAGAUGCAAGAAGACUACUGUGAGCUUGUGCAAAACAUUUUUACACCUCAAGAGGAAACUAAGAAAGGCAAGAAAGGUUCAUCCUCUCGCUAAUAGUUUUCUCUGGAGGGCCACAAGUCCACGCCAUGUUUUCCUUAAAUUUGGCCCUUGAAAGGAAGAUGUUUUCUAUUAUUUCUUUUUGAUUGUUGUGCGGUAACUUACGCUUUACUUCUGCAUUUUGUGUGACAAUAAAUAAAUGAUCACAAUCGAA